AAUAACAUUCUGGACAGAUGGGAUUUUUGUGUUAAUUCAGUGGAUGCCGCAGCUCAUCAUUUCUUCGUUGUUUUAUAGGCAGGCAUAUGUUUCUCCAAAGUUAGCUUCUUGAGAGGGAGGUGCAAAAUGGAAUCUCGACCUUUUUUCGUUUUUUUUCUCUAGCCAGAAAUAUGAAACCUGGUUCAUUUCUGGCAUGUUUGUUCCCGAGCUCCCAGUUCUUAACAUUGCACGUCUCCAUUUAGCUAUUUUAACCAAAAUGAUUUGGACAAUUUUCACAAGAAACUUGUAUUUUUGUGAAUUAUCCACAUAUAUUCUAACACAUUGAAACAUUUUAGAUUUUUUACUCAAAUACUCCACGAUUGUUUUAUCAUGCGAAUAUGACAGGAUAACAUCGGAGAGUAAAAUCUCUGAACAAAUUAUUUCCUACGUUUUCAAAGGAGAACAAAGUGCUGCAAGUUUUGGUAUAGUAUAUUCGCCUUCACCGCCCAUCCAAUAUUUGUCAGAGGCACACGGUCUGUAUUGUUUGGAAACUGAGAGCAACGGUUUUCUAUGGCGCAGCCUUGGCCGUUUUUUGUCGGUUAUGUAUCUCUGCCUAGAUAAGUAAUUUCAAGACUUUGUGGAUGUGAGACAGCAUUGACUUAGUUCCAUAGAGUUUUUGGAGUAUUUUGCGUUUUUGGCGGGGGAAAGAUGGCGAGGUUUUGGGGAAAAGUGUCUCUUGCCCUACUUUUCCUUGGAUUUUUUAUGUUUACUUUAGCAUCUGUAAAUGCUGAACCAGAGCAAGAAGUAGAAGAAGAAGGGGAGGAAAGUACAUGUCAGGGGGCUUUUGACUUGUAUUUUGUGCUUGACAAAUCUGGCAGUGUCAAACACCACUGGAUAGAAAUCUACUCCUUUGUGGAGCAUCUAGCUGAAAAGUUUAUCAGCCCAAUGCUGAGAAUGUCCUUCAUUGUCUUCUCAUCCAGAGGAACCACUCUCAUGAAACUGACAGAAAACAGGGUGGAGAUAAGAAAAGGAUUGAAUGUGCUGAGAAAAGAGAUACCUGGUGGAGACACCUUUAUGCACCUGGGCUUGGAAAGGGCGAAUGAGCAGAUACACCAUGAAAACUUUGGGACAGCAAGUGUUAUCAUUGCCUUGACUGAUGGGGAGCUGAACGAACACCAACUCGUCACUGCACAACAGGAGGCGGAGAGAAGCCGGUCUCUAGGAGCGAUGGUGUACUGUGUUGGAGUAAAGGACUUUAACGAGACACAGCUGGCCACCAUAGCAGACACCAUCGAGCAUGUGUUUCCUGUGAUGGGCGGAUUCGUAGCCCUGCGAGGAGUGAUCGACUCGAUCAUCAAGAAGUCCUGUAUUGAGAUCCUAGCUGCAGAGCCCUCCAGUGUUUGUGCAGGAGAGAGCUUCCAGGUAGUGGUGAGAGGAAACGGUUUCCUUCACGCCAGGAACAUAGAGCAGGUGUUGUGCAGCUUUAGACUCAAUGACACCCUCACCAUUAAUAAGAAGCCUGUGGAAAUCGAAGACACGUUCCUGCUGUGUACGGCUCCAGUUAUGGAUAAAGUUGGGCAGGUUGUUUAUCUACAAGUGAGCAUGAAUGAAGGCCUGUCGUUCAUCACUAGCUCUGUACACAUCACCACCACAGAGUGUUUUGAUGGCACCAUCCUUCUCAUCACCCUCCUGGUUCUGUUCCUGUUAAUGGCCGUGCUGUUCAUGUGGUGGUUCUGGCCCCUCUGCUGCACUGUGGUGAUCAAGGAGCCGCCACCGCCACCUCCUCCAGAGCCAGAAUCAGAUGAUGAAGAUGGCAUGCCCAAGAAGAAGUGGCCCACCGUGGAUGCAUCCUACUAUGGAGGAAGAGGAGUCGGUGGAAUCAAAAGAAUGGAGGUGCGCUGGGGAGGGAAGGGUUCAACGGAGGAGGGGGCUAAACUGGAGAUGCCCAAGAACGCUGUGGUGAAAAUGCCCGAGCAGGAGUUUGAGCCUUACGAGCCCAAGCCCAAGAAGGCCCACAACAGGAAGCCAGCCGCGGACAGGAAGUGGUACACUCCCAUACAGGGUAAACUGGACGCCAUUUGGGCCCUGUUUCGCCGCGGUUACGACCAGGUCUCUCUCAUGCGGCCUCAGCCAGGAGAACAUGGUCGAUGCAUCAACUUCACCCGGGUGAAAGACGAGGCAGCGGCAGCAGCCAAGGCCCCUCCUCGGGCCCAUAGCCCCCCUGCUCCAGACUACCGUCCCCUGAUCCGCCCCACUACACCGCCGCCAGCACAGACCAGCUCGCCCUCGCGAGCACCGCCCGUCAGCCAGCUACCCCCGGGGCCACCCCCCUCCCGCACCCCCCCAGGGCCCCCCUGCCCCCCUCCCUCGCGCCCCCCACCGUGCCCCAACAACAGACCAUGAAAGCGAUUUAGGGACCCCACUCCAAUAAAGCAAUAGUCCCCGCUGCCAAAGAUGCUCCCUCAACCAAAAAUAAACAUAGUAUUUAUUUGAGUUGGGGUGAAUUUAGCAGGAGAUGUAAUGGUUUGUUGCUGGACAGCAAAAGAUUUAGUCAUAGGAGGAAAAAUACUGCAAUGGAUGAAAUUUGUUUAUCAACUACUGAGUAUCCGAUGAUGGUAAGCGUCAAGGUGACAGGAGAGUAGACUGGGCCUUUGUGUGGCUUUAGUUACCACUGAGUCGAUUUACUUUCAACCACAAGGAUUGGAUUUUUUCUAGUAUGACGAACCUGCUGUCAAACCAAUCUAGAUUAGCUUUUUGCAUCUCUCUUUUGUGAAUAUUUACAUAUAGCUUUUUAGAUCUCUCUUUUGUACAUUGAAAGAUUUCAUAAGGGCAAAUUGUGUAGGGGGUCACACAACAGGCCUUGGUUAUGGUUUUUUCUCUGAGGUCCAAAUUAGUUCAACUCAGACUGAGAAAGAUAGUUUCAGCCAGUGGUGGAAAAAGUACCGAAGUCAUACUUGAGUAAAAGUAAAGAUACCUUAAUAGAAAAUUACUCAAGUAAAAGUGAAAGUCACCCAGUAAAAUACUACUUGAGUAAAAGUCUAAAAGUAUUUGGUUUUAAAUAUACUUAAGUAUCAAAAGUACAUGUUUUACUUUUGAUAAUUUUCUUGUUUUAUUAUUUUACGGAUAGCCAGGGGCACACUCCAACACUCAGACAUCAUUUACAAACGAAGCAAUUGAGUUUAGUCAGUCCUCCAGAUCAGAGACAGUAGGGAUGACCAGGGAUGUUCUCUUGAUAAGUGUGUGAAUUGGCCAAUUUUUCUCUUCCUGCUAAGCAUUCGAAAUGUAACUAGUACUUUUGGGUGACAGGGAAAAUGUAUGGAGUAAAAAGUACAUUAUUUUCAUAAGGAAUGUAGUGGAGUAAAAGUAAAAGUUGUCAAAAAUAUAAAUAGUAAAGUACAGAUACCCCUAAAAAACGACUUAAGUAUUACUUUAAAGUAUUUUUACAUAAGGACUUUACACCACUGGUUUUAGCCCAUGUGAGUUAGUCCAUAUUCCCAUUGAGAAACCGAUUUUUAUUACUCCCAUUUGGGAGUGUUGCCGGAAGCCAUGAGCGAAUAAGCAUAAGUUGACACUGAGAUACUUUUGAUAUGGACUGAACACGUAAAAUGUGUAUAUUUUUUAAAUUAGUAAAUGGAAAAUCAUACAUAGCGUAGGAGAUGUGUAUAGACAAAAACUGGCAUUUUUAAACACUUUGUUGGUCAAUAUCUGAGGGUGAACCCAGGUUUACCUAAGUUAAUAUUGGUAACCAAAGUCAGGUCAUUGUUCUCUCAUCAAGUUUUUACAUUCCCAAAACUGUACACUAAUUUGAUACAUUGUAUCGUUUACCUUUGGUUUUUGACCACAAUCACAUUGCAACUGCAGGGCAGUUCACCACGUCUCUAAUUUAUUAACCCCCAGACCUAGAGGAGGGUACUUGAAUACGACAAAGGUGUCCGCUGACAAAGACGGACACUGUGCAUGUAAACAAACUAUUCACGCAACUUCAUACGACAGCGUUUCUCAACCCCAUUGGUCUAUAGUCCGGCACUAGGUCAUGGAAUAUUGCUUCCUUAGUGCAACUGUACUUUAUCAGAAGGCUAUUAAAACAUGGGGAAAUCUGAGUGAUUUGUCUAUGAACCAAAACCGAUUCAAUCAAGUCCCCAAAGGAGGAAAACUACAGCAUGCCAGUCGCCAGUCCUUGGUACAGACAAAGGUUGAGGAAGACUAUUAGAAACGUUUUACACUCGGUACCUUUCAGGAUUUUUCUACUUUGAUUUUUCUACUCUCUUUGUAUAAUGUACUUCAUUCGAUUAUG